GUUGCAAAGCAACGGCUCCACCAUGAUGGAUUCAUAUCAUUGGCCGAGAUUCCUUCUACUAAUCAAGCUACUUAUCGCGUGGAGGUCCCUGUGUUUGCAAUUUCUGCUCCCUCUCUCGCGCGGUCAUGUCCCGCACCGUAGAUGACGAUGAUCACAACCUGGAGGCAUUGGGGUACAAGCCCUCUUUCAGAAGAGAAUUCUCCAAUUUAGCUACUAUUAGCUUCGCCUUUAGUAUAAUGGGUCUCUGCUCUAGCGUGGCUACGACGUUCAACACUCCGUUGCUUCUGGGAGGUCCCGCCUCUGCAACAUGGUGCUGGCUGCUAGGCUCGUGCAUGUGUUUCACAUUGGGAUCUAGCAUUGCGGAGAUCGUGUCUGCGUUCCCAACGUGCGGUGGUCUUUAUACGGCCUCUGCCAGGCUAUGCCCGUCAACACAUCGAGCCGUCGUUGGUUGGUUAGUCGGCUGGCUCAAUCUCCUUGGCCAGAUAGCAGGGGUUUCAUCUACCGAAUUCGGUCUCGCCAACAUGAUUUUGGGAGCAGUCUCAAUAGCCUCACCAGAAUUUGCGAUUGCGCCGGGGAAGACAGUCGGGGUGUUUACAGGACUACUUAUCACCCAUGGCAUUUUAAACUCACUUGCUACCAAACAUCUCGCGUUCUUCACCCGCGGUUUUGUGUUUGUGAACCUCGGCACGACUAUUAUCAUUAUUAUGGUGCUUCUGGCCACCACCCCGAGGUCGGAAAUGCAUUCUGCAAGCUAUGUUUUUGGCAGCCAAGGUAUCAUCAACGAAACGGGAGGGUGGAACAAUGGCAUCGCAUUCUUAUUUGGAUUGCUCAGCGUGCAGUGGACUAUGACCGAUUAUGAUGCUACCGCUCACAUUUCUGAGGAGGUUCGCCGCGCUGCCUAUGCAGCACCAUCUGCUAUUUUCAUUGCUGUGAUCGGAACUGGCAUUCUUGGCUGGAUCCUUAAUAUUGUGCUUGUGCUCUGUUCUGGUCCGAUUGGGGACUUGCCAGGGAUAUCCGGGUCGGCUUUCCUACAGAUAAUGGUCACACGAAUGGGCGUUCCUGCAGCACUCUUUUUGUGGAGUUUCGUGUGCCUUACUGCUUUUUUCGUGGUACAAACGGCAUUGCAAGCUUGCUCGCGGUUGCUUUAUGCGUUCAGUCGCGAUCAUGCCCUUCCGGAUUCCGGAUACUUCAACCAUAUCUCCCCCUGGACUCAGACGCCCUUACGUGCCAUUUGGCUAACGACUGCUGUAUCCAUCUUACCCGGUCUGCUUGACCUCGCAUCACCAGUUGCAGCCAACGCGAUAUUCGCUCUCACUGCCAUAGCACUGGAUACCAGCUACAUCAUACCCAUCUUCUUACGCCGCCUAUAUGCAAACCACCCCGAAGUGCGUUUCCAACCGGGUCCAUUCUAUAUGGGAUCCGGUAUUGUCGGCUGGGCUGCAAACAUAGCAUGCAUUUCGUGGACUCUUUUCGUAUGCGUAAUCUUCUCGCUACCUACUGUCCUCCCCGUCACUAGGGAGAACAUGAAUUAUGCAUCCGUAAUCACGAUCGGUGUCAUCGUCGUUACCGGGGUAUGGUACAUACUUAGUGCACAUCGGCAUUACCAUGGUCCGAGCUCCGACCUGACUAAUGCUGAAACCAGAUCCAGGCUAGGCGCAAGCCAAGGUAUUCCGGUACAGGAAGUCUUUGCCGAUGCGGACGAGAAGAAAUCGCAGUCGGACGGUAUCGCCUAAUAGAUCUCGAUUAUGUGUGGCCAACGUGCUUUUAGGGGGGGUUAUGUACCUGGCUGUCCUCGUGCAUUCAGGCCAGUCUACAUGCGUUUGCGAAUGCCGUAUGUACCGUUAGUGCGUGCUCUGUGUUCAUCAAUCUGGAAUGCACAGGACGG